GGGAAAGUGAGCUCUCCAUCCGCAAACCGCUCUAUAAACGGUAGGAAAAAAUCAUCAGAAGAUCAAAAAAAAAAAAAAAAAGUGAUAAAAAAUGUGGACAGUUUUUGGAUUGUGUGUUGUUGGAUUGAUUGUAGUAUGGUUUACUCACUGGAUAAACAAAUGGAGAAACCCAAAGUGCAAUGGAGUACUCCCUCCUGGUUCCAUGGGACCUCCUCUUAUCGGAGAAUCCCUUCAGUUGAUCGUUCCCAGUUAUUCUCUAGACCUCCACCCUUUCAUCAGAAAGAGAGUUGAAAGAUAUGGACCCAUAUUUCGAACAAGCGUGGCUGGUCGGCCUAUUAUAGUAUCAACAGAUGUUGAGUUCAACCAUUACUUAGCUAAACAAGAAGGCAGGUUGGUUGAACUAUGGUACUUGGAUUCAUUUGCAGAGCUCUUCAACCAAGAUGGUGAAAGUAAGACUAAUGCCAUUGGUCUUGUCCACAAGUACGUAAGAAGUAUUACAUUGAAUCACUUUGGUAUUGACAACCUCAAGGAAACGUUGCUUUCUCAAAUCGAAGAAUAUGUUAACAAAACCCUACAAACAUGGUCAAGUCUGCCUUCUGUUGAAGUGAAGCAUGCCGCCUCAGCCAUGACAUUUGAUCUCACUGCCAAGCUGUUAUUUGGUUAUGAUGCUGAAAAAUCGCCUGUGAAGAUGAGUGAGAAGCUUGCAAAUACCUUAGAUGGUCUUAUGUCAUUUCCCUUGAAUAUCCCUGGUACUACGUACCACAAAUGUUUGAAGGACCAAAAGGAAGCAUUGAAUAUGCUAAGGAACACGGUAAAAGAGAGGAUGAUUUCACCCGAGAAACGUGGAGGAGAUUUCCUUGAUCAGGCUGUUGAUGACAUGAAAAAGGAGAGUUACUUAACAGAAGAUUUUCUCGUCUAUUUGUUGUUUGGGAUCUUAUUUGCAAGCUUUGAGUCGGUUUCAUCAUCAUUAUCAUUGACUCUCAAGUUACUUGCGGAGCAUCCUGCUGUUCUACAACAGAUGACGGCCGAGCACGAGGCAAUUCUCCAAAACAGAGAGGAUCCAAAUCCCACACUAAAUUGGGAUGAGUACAAGUCAAUGACUUUGACCCUUGGAGUGAUUAAUGAAACUCUUAGGUUGGCAAAUGUUGCUCCUGGUUUACUACGAAGAGCAUUGAAAGAUAUAGAAUUUAAAGGAUAUACAAUUCCGGCUGGUUGGACCAUCAUGCUUGCUAAUUCUGCUAUCCAACUGAACCCAAACACAUACAAGGAUCCACUUGCUUUCAAUCCAAGGCGUUGGCAGGACCUCGAGCCACAUGUUGUAUCUAAGAAUUUCAUGCCAUUCGGAGGAGGAAUUAGACAGUGCGCAGGGGCAGAGUAUAGCAAAACUUUCAUGGCUACCUUUCUGCAUGUCUUGGUCACUAAAUAUAGGUGGACAAAAGUCAAGGGAGGAAAGAUUUCUCGAAGUCCUGUUCUAGGAUUUGUAGAUGGCAUCCACAUUAAUUUCGUGGAGAAACAUAGUUAAUAUUUCCAUAUUAAAAAAAAAAAAAAAAAUCCAUUUAAACUUUUUUCUAAACUUGAGGGCCUCAAAAAGAGUAAGACACAUAAAACUUGAACUUUGUACGAAAUAAUUUCAUAUUCAUGGACACGAGGCAUUACUAUAUAUUACAAAAAAUAAUUGGAUAC